UUUAGCCAGUGACUACUCUGUUCACGUGAUUAGAAGCCCAGUGAACGUGAAGGCGUGUGUGAAAGUUGGCAGUGAAAUAUACAAAGCAUUCCAGAAAAGAUACAGGUCAUAUCUGUAAAGACUCCACCUCAGACAUGCAAAUGCGUGCGCACACUGAUCAUCGUACAGUUGCGUCGGACGCACGCAGGAGUAAGUUUAAGUUGGCAUAAAAGGGACUAUAGAGAUUUGAAAAUGAAUUCCUCCUUGAAUAAUGACAGUGAUCAAGACAUAUAUGGAGAUAUAGAGGAGCCAUGUGGGAUGGAGCAAAUGUUUGAACGUUUCGGGCAGUUCCUCCAGAUCUACGUACACUCUGUCAUCUGCAUUGUGGGCUUCAUUGGCAACACCCUCGUCAUCGUUACGUACGCCUUCUACAAGCGCACCAAGUCCAUGACAGACGUGUACCUGUUGAACAUGGCCAUCGCUGACAUCCUGUUCGUGGUGGCCUUGCCCAUGAUCAUCUUCAGCGAGCAGAAUGGGUGGGCGCUGGGCAACUGGUCCUGCAAGCUUCUCCGUGGGAUCUACAGCAUCAACCUGUAUAGCGGCAUCCUACUGCUGGCCUGCAUCAGCCUGGACCGCUACCUGGCCAUCGUGCAGGCCCGCCGCUCCUUCAGGUUCCGCUCGCAGGCCCUGGUCUACAGCUAUGUAAGCUGUGCUGUGGUCUGGCUCCUGGCUCUGGCCCUGGCCCUGCCCACCUUCAUCUUCUACCAGCGCUACGGCGGCAUGGAGGAGAGCUUCAGGUUCAGCAACUACUAUGACGACAACGUGAGCGCCGCAGCCUUGCUGGAGGAGGAGUACGUGUGCUUCUUCCGCUUCGAGGAGAAUGACACGGCGCGGCAGAUGAAGGUGCUGGUGCCCAGCUCACAGGUGGCGGUGGGCUUCUGCCUGCCUCUGUUGAUCAUGGCCUUCUGCUACUCCAGCGUGCUCGUCACGCUGCUGCGCGCUAAGAACUUCCAGAGGCACAAGGCAGUGCGAGUGGUGCUGACCGUGGUGCUGGUCUUCAUCACCUGCCACCUGCCCUACAACGCCACGCUGCUCUAUGAUAUCGUGCACAUGUUCCACCUGAAGGAUUGUGCCGAGGAGGAGAGGACACAGCUGGUGCUGGUGCUCACUGAGAGCCUGGCCUACCUGCACUGCUGCCUCAACCCACUGCUCUACGCUUUCGUCGGGGUCAAGUUCAGAAACCACUUCCGCAAGAUCCUACAGGACGCCUGGUGUCUGGGGAAGAAGUACAUGGGGGCGCGGCACAUGUCACGGCCUACCUCCGAUGCCUACCUCUCCUCCCGACGCUCUGAGGGCUCCGCCUGUGAGACCGCCACCUCCUUUACCAUGUGAAACAGAAGCUACCCCCUGCUUCAACUGGCAUACUUCCAUAUUACUUCUAGUACUAUGGCCUUUAAUAGGGUAAUGUUCA